AUGGCGGGGUAUGAAGAGUGGUCUCAGCAGCAAUUGAUUGCACGAAUACAAGAGCUGGAAAAGCAAAUAGGUGUAAAUGGUUCUGAAGCAUCUACGAUACAAAAUUCUGCAGCGCCUAUUGUGGCUGCGGACCAACAGACACCACUAUCCACAGAUGCCCCUCAAUCAUUAGAAAUUCGCAAGGCCGUCAAACCGCCACCAAAAGUAUUUGACGCUUCCAAAUAUAGCACGCGUCUCAUCGCACUCAAAUUUGCAUAUCUUGGCCAAAAGUACAAUGGCUUUGAGCAUCACAAUAAUAACUCAACGCCAUUGCCGACAAUAGAGGAAGAGCUAUGGAAAGCAUUGGUAAAAACACGUUUGAUAACUCCAGCUACCCCGGGCGAAGGCGACAAGGCAUACGAGAGAAUUGAUAAAAAGACAUUCGCAAAUUGGGACAGAGAAGGCGCAGAUGUUAAUUGGGAUGGCUGCGAGUAUUCAAAAUGCGGAAGGACAGACAGGGGAGUGAGCGCUUUCGGACAAGUCAUUGGUGUCAGGGUCCGGAGUAACAAGCCAUUACCAAAGAAACCUCAGCCAUCAGAAGAUACCCCACAAGCAGACCAAGAAGAUGAAGACUCGAUACUGUCUUCGAAACAAGAGCCCGAGUCUCCACCAAAACCCUUCAACGACCUCACAAAUGAACUCCCUUACAUUCAACUACUAAACCGCGUCCUCCCGCCUGAUAUCCGCGUAUAUGCCUGGUGUCCUAACCCACCACCAGACUUUAGUGCGCGCUUCUCUUGCAAAGAACGACGAUACAAGUACUUCUUCACAAACCCCUGUUUCGCCCCAGUACCCGGGUCUUCAGGUCUUUACAACCCCAACACCUCUCCAUCCUCUGAAAACAAGCCCAAAAUGCGCGAAGGCUGGCUCGACAUCGCCGCCAUGAAACAAGGCUGCCAGCACCUCAUCGGCCUCCAUGACUUCCGCAACUUCUGUAAAAUAGACGCAAGCAAACAAAUCUCAAACUUUCACCGCCGCAUCUUCCACGCAGACAUUGAAGAAGUCUCCCCCUUGUCCAUCCCAGCAUUCCUCUCCCACCCCGCCUUACAAACCCCAGACACAGAAGGAAACCAACCAAAACUCUACUCCUUCACCCUCCACGGCUCCGCCUUCCUCUGGCACCAAGUCCGCUCCUUAGUCGCAAUCCUAUUCCUCAUCGGCCAAGGUCUCGAGUCCCCAUCGCUAAUCCCCGCCUUACUCGAUAUAUCCGCCAACCCCACACGCCCGAAAUAUGAAAUGGCAAGCGACGCGCCCCUCGUCCUGUGGGACUGCAUCUUCCCGCACCCAGACGAAGUCCAGAGCUCUGAGGAGCGCGAGCACGGGUAUGAGGAUAGUCUUGACUGGAUCUAUGUGGGUGAUGAAGGCGGUUCUGAACCUAAAGCUAAAGGCAUGGCGAAAAAGGGUGGGGGACCUGCAAGUAUUGGGAGGGGCAAAUGGGGACGAGGCGGUGUAGUCGAUGAUGUGUGGGAGGUUUGGCGGGGGAAUAAGAUUGAAGAGACGCUUUCUGCGCUUUUGCUGGAUAAGAUUGCGGGACUGGGAAAGUCGACGCUGGAUGCUGAGGUGGCUCUGUCAGAGCAGAGUGUGGGGAUUGCGAGGGGUGGGCCGAGAGUAUUUGACGGAGGCGAUUUUGGGAGGGCAAAAGGGAACUAUACAGAGGUGCUGAAGAGGGAGAGACAGGAUGCUGUUGAGGUGGUUAAUGAGCGGUAUCGGAUUCGAAAGGGGAUUGUGGAUGCGGAGAAGAUGAAGGCCAAGGAGGAAGAUGCAGAUGAGUAA